UACCUCACCUUCCUUUCCUCCUCCCGUCCUCCAUCAAAAGAAGGCAGGGAAAGAUCUGAUCUGGGGGGUGAGAGAGCAGGAGGAGAAAGCCAAGCCAUUGCCCUCCCCUCUUGAAGGCUUGGAGCUUGGUUCUACAUCCUCUUCUCUUCCCCUCCGUCUCUCUCUCUCUCUCUCUAUUUGGUUUGCUUGCUUGCCUCUACUAGACUCUAGUCGUCGGGUCCGGCCAUGGCCACCAUCCUGGAGAACAUCCAGAAGGCGAGGUUCCUGCCGACCAGGCCGCUCAAGGACGAGCUGCCCACCUUCCAGGGCGGCGGCAAGAGCAAGGAGGAGAGCCACCUCAUGGGCCUGAGGAAGCGGCUGUCCAGCUUCUCCGGCAAGAUCCAGCCCAUCUCCUCCGCGUCGGCCGCCGAGUGGGCGUUCCGCCGCUCCAAGUCGGCGCCCUCCCUCGGCGCCGCCUUCGCCGCGGGGGGCGGCUCCCUGAGGCAGUGGUGGCAGUGGGGCGUCGGCUGGCUCCUGUCCAAGAAGCCCGGGUUCGCGGGCGACCUCGAGAUGAACGAGGAGGAGGUCGCCGCGCUGGGCCGCCAGAGCAGGGGCACCUGGGCCCACAUCCUGUUCAAGAUGCGGUCCGGCGUCCGCCGCCUCGUCGCGUCCGCGCACUCGCUCCCCACCACGCACAAGCAGCAGUCCCUGCCGUCGUCGUCGGCCGCGGCGGCGCACAGCGUCCAGUGCAAGCCGGCGGCGUCGUUCGCCUACGCGCAGCGGCAGAGCUUCCACCACACCGGCCACGCCAUGGCGCACUAGGCAGCGUCUCGCGGUUGCCGGUGCCGUCUGCGGCCGGUCUCCUCCAGAUCCAGGGAUGGAGAGCGCUGAGAGGCGCGGGAAGAAGAAGAUUCAGGUUACAGGUGCGUGAGAUCGACGGUGAAGAUGUCGUUGAAUUGAUGAUGAAUGAAAUGGAAUGUAGGAUUACCGUUCUGUGAUCUGUGUAGAUCUAGUGCCCCUGUAGAGGUGAACAAGUGUUAUACUACAUGCCCGUUCUUUCUUUAUAUUAUUCUUUUGGGUUCGUUCUUUGGACGAUGUAAAUGUAAAAUGUUUUGUUG